GGAAGCACGCAUCAAGCUAAACCAACUCUAUAUUUCUUCCCCACAAUAAGCACAUCAAAACAAAACAGCCAAAAUGGCAAGAAAACAAGCUUUUGUUGUUAGCCAUAAGGAACCACAACUCUUAGUACCUGCUAAACCUACACCCCAUGAAAUAAAGGAAUUAUCAGACAUUGAUGACCAAAAAGGUCUGAGGCUUCAUAUCUCUAUGAUCAUGUUCUAUAGGGCAAAUCCCCUCAUGAAAGCAAGGGACCCCGUGGAAGCCAUUAGAGAUGCAUUAGCCGAAGCCCUUGUAUGGUACUACCCUCUUGCAGGUCGCAUUAUUCAUGGCAUUAAUGAGGAUAAGUUCAUGGUGGAUUGCAAUGGUGAAGGGAUCUUGUUCGUGGAAGCAGAUAGUAAUUUCAGCUUAGAAGAUCUUGGCGAUGCCAUUAAGCCGCCAUGUUUGUACUCCAAGGAGCUCCUGUAUCAAGUGUCUGGCUCUGAUGGAAUACUCGGUUGCCCAUUGAUGUUAGUUCAGGUUACGAGGUUGAUUUGUGGAGGAUCUGUGGUGGCUAUACGUGUAAACCAUGUUCUAACUGAUGGAUUAGGUUUAGCACAAUUUGUGAAGGCUGUGGGAGAGUUAGCGCAGGAUGCAUCUUCACCUUCAACUAAACCUGUCUGGAGAAGAGAAUUAUUAACUGCAAAACAUCUCCCACCUCCACUCCAAACAACCUACGACUACCCAGAAUAUGGCAUUGUCAGCCACAAAUCAAUAAUAGAUCAAGACAAGUUGGUUAGCCGUUCUUUCUUUUUUGGCCCUAAAGAGAUGAAAGCCAUCCGUCGAAAACUUCCACCACAGACUAAACCACGCUCAAAGUUUGACCUAAUUACGGCUUCGAUAUGGAUAUGUCGAACACGAGCCUUAGAGUUCGACGCCGAUGAAACCGUCGCGGUCAUAUGCGCGAUUAAUGUACGUGACAAAGGUCCACCUGAGCUGCGCGACGGCUACUACGGCAACGCGGUGGUGACUUCGGGGGCGGUGGCAAAAGCUCGGAGGUUAUUGGGCCUGCUUGGGAGCCCGUUAGAGUAUGCCGUGGAGUUGAUAGAGAAAGCGAAGAGUAGAGUGACUGAAGAUUAUGUUAGGUCGGUGGUUAACUUUUUGGUUUCGAAUGGAAGGCCGCCAUUGUUGAGGUCACGUAGCAGUAUUGCUGUUACUGAUUUGUCAAGAUUAGGGUUUGAUGAAAUGGAUUUUGGAUGGGGGAAACCAGUGUAUGGAGGGACCAUGGAUGGAGGAGCAUCAGCCACCGCUAUUACUCAUGCUCGCUACCGGAAUAGCGACGGUGAGGACGGCGUGCUUGUGCCGGUUUUCUUGCCGCCGGCAGCUAUGAAGAAGUUUGAAGAGGAAAUGAAGAAGUUUACAGCACUUGACCCUCGUGAAGUUAUAGAGAUACCAUCCAAAUCACUUCUUAAAUCUACUCUAUAAAUUAGAAUUAUUUGUAAUGUGACUUGAUUAAGAUCGAUUAGAUGGAUUAAUUAACCCCAUCCAAAUAUAUAAAUAAAUAAAUAAAUAAUAGUGUUGAUGUUAUGCUUUAUAAAUAAAACUAGCUAGUUUUUCAGGUGGGA